CGUGACACCGUCGGUCAUCGGCCAGUCCCAAGUUUUGUUUUAUAAAGCGCCGUCUGCUGCCGCCACAUUUCGGUUCACUUCACUUCACUUCCGUCGGACCGUCGCCCUCAGCGAGAGAGAGAGAGAGAAGCAAUGGACGAUGAAGGGGGAGAAUUCGAAGAAUGGGACGCCGAUUUCCUCGAGCAGGUCAUCCAGGUGGAGGAGCGCGCCCUCUCCUGCUCCUCCUCCUCCGCCUCCCAGCGUCUUCCUCCUCCUCCUCCUCCUCCAACCUCCAACCCCUCCGUUCUCUCUUCUUCCUACUAUUUGCCUCCUCAGCCACCGCCGUCGCAGCCCCUACCUCACCAUUCCCGCCUUUAUGCACCGCCUUCUUACUCCAAUGCAGCGCCCCCUCAACCGCCGCCGCCUAUCAGCUACUCUCCCCCGCGAGAGCUCUCUCAGAGGCCCGUCGACCACCGCAAGCCGUCAUCCCAUCAGCCUCCCAAUGGCCAUGCCUUUGCUGCUCCCACCCCUUCAUCUCGUGUUGCUUCAUCCACGGAUAUAGCGAAGGAGCUUGAAAUCGAGAGGCUAAAGAAAGAGCUCGCUCGGGUGUCUAAGCAGCUUUCAUCUCGGGAACAUGAAUGUGCUGAGCUUAGGAAGGAACGGGAGAAGAAGGAAGAGCAGCUCAAAUCUGCAUUCUCUCACUCUCAAAGAAAAGUGCCCAACGACUGCAGCUUAGAUGAUAUCAGACAGUGUUCUCGUGAAGUGGAUAAUGUAAAAUUACCAGCAACCUCGAAAAGUAACCUAGCAUCAACCCACAAAGCUAUUGGAGUUCAGACAGAAAAAGCUGUUGAAGCUACUUGUCAAAUCCAAAGGGAUAAUGAUCGACAUGCUCAUCAAAAUCUUUCUACGAAGUUGCUGUUCCUCUGGGGUCCUCCAUUUGACAAGGUUGGAAAUGGCAUAGUUUCCAAACUGUUUGUUCCUUGUUAUGGCCUUUUUAGGUGCAUCGGUGCAGAUGUAUCCUCCAAGAUGAAAUUGGAUUCAGUGGCAGAUGAAACAUUAUGUGAUCUUGGUUCUCAAUCACUUACUGCUUCUGAUGCUUCCAAGGUGUCAAGGUUCUAUUCUGUCUUAGUAAAGGUCAGCGAUGGAGUGGCACAGUUGGAGGCUCUGUUGGAACCUUUAGUUGAUCUCUGUGUUCUUGAUAAUGUUGUCCUUCUUCAAAGAUCCCUAUGCAUACUACAUUUGAUUCUGAAGCAUCUCUUGGGUAUGGAACGGAAAGUUGAACCAAGGGACAAUAUCAAGAUUGAGGGACCUCUUCCCAGAGAUGACAUAGCAGGGAUUAAUGGAUCUGACAGUGCAAGAACAGAAUUCCCCCUUUCUGUGAACUUAGAUGAGGCAUUUAUGGUUCCUGAUACUCCAAUUGGAUUCAGAUCUUCUGGUGCUGGAUCUCAGUUGAGGAAUGGGCAGUGGAUCUGUGGUAGAAUAGAGACAAUUUCAUCAGUCUUUUGGCUUUCUUUGUUUGAACUUUUGAAUAACAUCAUCAAGAAGAGCAAGGAGGAAUCUAUAAGACUAGAGGCAGUCUCUAUCAUGAACUUGAUCCUGCUGAGGAGCAGUUCCUACGAGGAAAGGGAAAAGUUUCAGUUGCAGAUGGUGCUUGAGAGCAUUUCAGUGCUGCUGAAGAAGGAACAUGGAUCACGUGUACCGAAGCAGGCUUUACAUCUCCUGUUCCUGCUGCUAAACUGUCCAAAGACCUUGGAUAAGUUCUGCUCUGACAGCAAGGAUGGAGGCUAUCCUUGCUCUGUCAAUAUAAUUCUCCAGGGCUUGGCAGGCUGCAUACGAUCUUGUGGAAGUGCCAUUGAGGACUUGCAACUUCGAAGAAAAGCAAUAAUGCUGCUUGCAUUCUUGGCUUCAUCUGGCACUGCUGGCUUUGAAAUUCUCACAAACCACCAGUUACCUAAUGGAGUAAACUUCCUUAUGUUGAUUUUACAAGCACUGUUGUCAGAGUUGGAUGCAGAAGCUGCAGUAUCUCCUAAAUCCCCGGAAAUCCUGAAGGAGAGGACAUUGAUAAUGAGGGAGGGUCUGAUAUUACUCGACAGACUUGUUUCCAACCCUCUCUAUGCUUCCACGUGCUUACGAGCGUUGACGACCAGCAGGGAUAUGCUCAGCUUGACCAUCGAUGUUGCAAACAGGAUGUCCCAGAAACAGCCAAGGUUUGGGCAGUUUGAAAGCACAAACAAGCUGACGAGAGAAUCUGAAGUUGUUGACUUGGCCAGAACAUUUAAGAAGAGGGUUUUCACUUAUUUGGGCGACAUCAUCUUGUGACAAUCGAGUUCUCAAUCUGACAAAUUUUCAAAGUAAAUGUUGACGUUCUUUGAUAUCGAUGCUCACUUGAGAUGGUAUAAUAGUGGACCACUCAGUGCAUGGGCAGCCACGUCACCCUUUUGGGAUGGUUCGGUGUGUUGGCUGGGAAUCUUUCGUGCUCUCUCCAUUGGAAGUUAUUUAUAUGGGUUAUGGACAAUUUUGACGAUGCCUGAAGAGUUUGCUCUGGAGAAGAUACAGUUCAAGUCAUGGACUCAAUUCUAUUCUGAAUUUAUAUUCAUCGGGUUGGAGCAGCUGCUGAUGUAUGUAUAGGAAACGCGAGUGUAUGAUGUCCCAAAAUGUGUCAUGAAGAACUUCUUGGAUGUACAAACAGAGCAAAUCGAUUUUGCUGAAAUGAUGAUGAUGAUUUUGCCAAAA